AUGCCCAGAGGCAGGGGAAAGCUUCGAGGAUUCCAGCAGCUGAUGGGAGCUGGGGAGGCGGGCGUGCUCUUCGGGGCUGCAGACAGCCCCCCCCUCGCCACGGCCCCUUGCCGCUGCCUCUGCCUGCUGGUCCCCAACCCGCAGACAGGACCACCUUUCCGGGUCCACCCAUCCUCGGGCCGCUGCCCACUCUCUCCCCGGGAGCUGCCACCCUUCAUGGGAAAAUUUACAACCCGUGUUUAUGAGCGUGCGCUUGUUCCCAUGGACACCCGCGAACGGCACAACCAAGAUUAA